AUGAAGUUUAUGAAACUUGGUUCUCGGCCUGAUACUUUCUAUAAUUCAGAGUCUGUAAGGUCAGUUUCCUCUGAAGUUUCUAGUGAUCUUGUAGUUCAAGUGAAUGGAACAAGAUAUUUGCUUCACAAGUUUCCACUUCUUUCCAAGUGUUUGAGGUUACAAAGACUCUGUUCGGAAAGCCCUGAAUCCUCCCAGCAUCAAAUAAUCCAACUCCCUGAUUUCCCAGGAGGCACCGAGUCUUUUGAGUUAUGUGCUAAAUUCUGCUAUGGAAUCACAAUCACUCUUAGUGCCUACAACAUCGUAUCGGCUCGAUGUGCAGCCGAAUACCUUCAAAUGACAGAAGAUGUUGAGAAAGGAAAUCUUCUCUACAAGCUUGAUGUUUUCUUAAACUCUUGCAUUCUAAAUGGUUGGAAAGAUUCCAUUGUUACCCUUCAAACCACAAAGCCUUUCCAUUUAUGGUCAGAGGAUUUGGGGAUCACUAGCCGUUGUAUCGAAGCCAUAGCUUCAAAAGUCCUUUCUAACCCUUUGAAGGUGAGUUUGUCGCAUAGCUAUUCAAGGCGAGGGAGGGACAAAGAUGACAUUUCUUGCAAUGGAAAUACAAGCAAAGGGUGGUGGGCUGAGGAUCUUUCUGAGUUGGGUAUUGAUCUUUACUGGAGAACAAUGAUUGCCCUUAAAGCUGGUGGCAAAGUACCUGCAAAUCUUGUUGGUGACGCGUUAAGGAUCUACGCGUCCAAAUGGCUGCCGAACAUUUCAAGAAAUCUUGAAAAGGAACGGGAUUCUAAUGGCGAGCCAACUCCUUCGAAUUCAAAGAGCAGGUUGCUCUUGGAAUCGAUAAUUAGUUUGCUUCCAAUGGAAAGAAAUGCGGUUUCUUGUAGCUUUUUGCUCAAACUGUUAAAAGCGGCCAACAUUCUACGCGCCUCAUCUUCUUCAAGAACCGAGUUAGCAAGAAGAAUCGGGCUUCAAUUAGACGAAGCUACAAUUUCCGAUUUGAUGAUCCCAUCUUUGUCGAACGAUAUGAUGUAUGAUGUUGAAGUUGUUUUGAACAUCUUGGAGCAGUUCAUGUUACAAGGCCAGAGUCCGCCAACGAGUCCUCCACGAGUCAAGGGUCGAUUCGAGCGCCAUAGACGGUCGAGAUCAGCGAAUAAUGGUGAUUUUGAGUUGCAAGAAAGUAGGAGGUCUUCUUCAGCAUCUCAUAGCUCCAAGAUCAAAGUGGCAAAGCUAGUGGAUGGAUAUUUGCAAGAAAUUGCAAGAGACGCGAGUCUGCCAUUGUCCAAGUUCACUGCUUUAGCCGAGGCUAUUCCUGAUUUUGCAAGAUUGGAUCAUGAUGGUCUUUACAAAGCCAUUGAUAUUUACCUCAAGUCACACCCGAACCUCAACAAGACUGAAAGGAAGCGGCUUUGUCGAAUACUAGACUGCAAGAAGUUAUCUAUGGAAGUUUGCAUGCACGCAGCACAAAACGAGCUUCUCCCUUUACGCGUAGUGGUUCAAGUCCUGUUCUUUGAACAAGCCCGAGCCGCCAUGGCUGGCGGUCAGCUGACCGACCUGCCCAGCAACAUCAAGGCAUUAUUAGCUGCCCAAGAUGAUGCAUCAUCAAGACCACAUGUUUCAUUAAGCACCAACAGAAGCAUGGUUCAACCAGAAGACCAAUGGAGUAUUUCAGGUCUCAAGUCUCCAAAAUCCAAUCUUUCCACUUUAAGAAUGAAGCUAGCAGAAGACGACAAUUUGGGUGUAAAUUUCCACGAUGGGAUCUCGAAAGCCAACUCCUCGAAGGUGAAACAACUCUGUUCGAUCCCAAAUCGACCCAAACGGAUGUUUAGUAAGUUAUGGUCCACCAACAGAAGCACAAGCGAAAAACGCUGAUCCCAUUGGCACGAAAAAAAAGGCCACAAGGGUUGUGGCGUAGUGGUUGAGACCCAGAUCUCUGGAGGAUGCAGGGGAAUAUCCCAUCUGCCAUCUACCCAGGAUUUGAUUCCAGCAUACACAACAAUUGUGACCAAUGAGUUUAUUAGGACUGAUUUCUUACGGUCACAAUUUGCCGGGAUUAGUCUAAUCUUAUUUUAUUUCAUUCAUCUUUCUUGGAAACAUGUCCUUUGUAAUGUUUAGGGAAAUGAAAAUUGUGAAUUGUGGGUGUAAUCUAUGGUGGUAAUAAAUAAAAGAAAAGAAGGGGUUUCUUGAAA